ACUUGUUGAGUUUUCAAUUCCAUUUCAAACUCAAUGACAAAGACGCAUCCAUAUACAGAAGUGCAGUGAUAGCAUAAUAUUUUUAGAUGUAGAAUAUAAGUGUCAUCUGCUUAUUUAUUUUCAAAAUCGUGCACGUAACAGGUUAGAGUAGUGCGAUUUAAUAUGCAGAACAACCCCCAGGAGCUUUCAUGGCAGGCGAUUCAGGCUAUUGUGGGGGUUAAACUUCCACCAAAUGUGUUGCGUUUCGAUGAUAUCGGAUUCCAUUUAGUGAAUAAUUCCGUUUCGAGUGCUGAAGAUUCCGAUUCAGAUGUAGAAAUAGUAGAAAAUGGCUGGGAGUCUGACAACAACGUAUCCUCUAAACCUGAACAUUCAGAUAACGAGAAGACGACAUCGGACCGUGACCAAAGCGUAUCGCCCGUCUUACGACUUGUAGAGCCAGACAAUAAUAAUUCAGGUAAAGAAAUAUUAGAUUAUAGAAAUUUUGUAGUUAAAAUGGAUACCAAAGACAUAACAGAUAACGAUAACGACCAAGUGCCUCAAAUUAAUAAUGAUGAUGCUGAUAGCUCAAACGGAAAUGUAAUGUCAAUAGAAAAUUAUUUGGAGGUAACUCUAUCAACCGAUUCAGAGGCUAGUCAUAUUUGUAGCCAGUGUAACCAAAUGUUUCCCAGUGAGCAAAUGUUGUCCUCACAUCAAUGUAGUGCUAAACCCACCGAAGAAAAGAAAUAUCCUUGUCAUGUUUGUGCAGAGAAAUUUCCAAGCUACUGGGAAUUAAGAAAACACAUAAACAGCCAUUUCCCCGGUAUGUUAGAUUCAAAAUCAAGUUUUUGUCAUCUCUGUCAAAAAGAUUAUACUAAAACAGGAUUUAUGAAUCACUUGCGAAAACACACUGGAGAACGUCCUUUCGUUUGUGAGCUCUGUCACAAAGCAUUCUCUCAGUCAAGUUCAUUGUCGAUACAUAUGAAGUUCCACUUGAAUGUUCGUAAACACGCUUGCACAGUUUGCGAGAAAAAAUUUGUAACUAAGAGUGAACUGUCCCGUCACAUGACUGUACAUACCAAGCAAAAGUCAUAUUAUUGUGGUGUUUGUGACAAAGCCUUCACUCGAUCUGAUAAUAUGAAGAAACAUGAGAAGACACAUGGAUAAAAACCAGGCAUAGUCUGAGCCGUGUAAAGCAUCACAAACAUUAUAAACAUACAGUGUUUCUUCAGUGUUUGUGAAGUGUCUUACACAAAUACUUUUUUCCAAUUCUCUAUUUGCCAAAAAUUUUAGUCAUAUGAUUGUUAAUAAAAUUAUGCAUUGUUUUAUACCAAAUUGAAAAAUUCACAUUCUAGUUGAUAACUUAGUCAUAUCGGUGUGUUAUUGUGAGUGUGUCCACUCUCUUGGUGUGCUGUUGUAGUUGCUUUUGAAUAAGGUUUUUAUAUAUGCAAUUAUUAAUGCAUGUUCGGGAUUCUUAAGGAUAUUAAAUAUAUGCCUUCAUAGGUGCUUUAUUACAAUGUCACAUAUCUUGAUCCAAAGUUGCCUUAGAUAUGAUAAAGUGAUAUUUUAACAUGUGGAUAUAGGUCAAGCGUCCAAUAAUUUUAUGAUAGCUACACACAUUGUAGUGUUUGUAUAAGAUAAAAUGAAUUAAUACUUUAAAUUUGAGGCCUUUUACAUACUCUGAAUUUGUCACAAAACUAAUAAUAAUUGUUCCUGCUUCACUCUAAGAGCUUUAAACAAAUAUAUAUUUUUGUAACCCUUUACUAUAAAGGUAUUUUAUACCAGAUGUAAAGUGUAUCUUUGCCAAAUUUUAGAUAAGUAUUUGAAGUGAUUUUUAUAAAACUGUGUUGUAACCAAAGCAAUAUCGUCUAAUGUGCCUAUUCUAAUUUAUUUAAGUAAUAAAUAUCAAACCAAAUAUUCUUUAGAUAUUAUAAAGUUCAUGGGAAAAGAUAAGAUAUAUACCAAAUUUGUAUUUAUAGAAUUUCAUAUUCAUUAUUGUAUAUGAUUCUAAUGAGGCAUUAUUGAAAUAAAAUUCCUGUUAUUAUGGUCUCAGUUUCAUAAUCUAGUUAAGCCAUUGUGAACAAUUAGCAUAUAAUAGAUAAGUAUAUUAUUGUAUUUUAAGCUUAAUUGAAAAAUUAUUGGAACAAACAUCACAAAUGUUAAACAGUGAGGAUAUAUUUAACGAAAUAAGGUGUUUUGUCUUUCUAUAAGAGAUGACAAAGUCAAAUAUAUUUUAAUGUAUUUGUUUUCUUUAUGGGAUAGUCAACUUUGUAACUUUUAAUUAAUUCCAAAGAUAUAAUUGGCUAAUAAACCAAAGCUAUUUAAUUUUUCAAUCGUGCCACUCUACUAUUUUUACUGAUUGUCAAUAGCAUAUAAAAUAAUUAUUGAUUUUUUUUUUAUAUUUAGAUUAAGGCAAUAAUUACAUUUUAAUAUAUUUAUUAUAUUUAAUAAUUAGAUUUUUAGAUGCAUGAAUAGUUCAUAGAGUUAAGAAUUUAGAUUGAGCCAAAUAAAAUACACAAAAAUCUACAAGACUGACAAUAAUAUUCAGAGUAGAUAUUAAAUUGUGCACAAAUGUAACAUUAUUUAUUGAAGCCUAACAGCAAUUAUUAAAUAUUUAUCUAAAAUGCACCUUGUUAUAACUCAUCAUGACAAUUAGACUAAGAUCAGUUUUAUGGAUUAUGAACUGUUUUAUAGAAAAUGUAAUAAUUGUCGAUUUUAUUAAAGAGUUGUUUGUUGCAAAA